AUGUCCAGCCUCCAGGCACUAUGCUCCGGCCUGCCGCUGCGGCCCCUCCCGGAGAACCGGGGCCGCUGGGCUGGGGUGCCCCACGCACCGGUCAGGACGCCCGGCCUCAACCCCGCGGAGGAGCAGCUGGCGCUGAGGAAUGCCCUGCGCUACUUCCCCCCCGAUGUCCAGCAGCUACUGGCCCCUGAGUUUGCCCAGGAGCUGCGACUGUAUGGGCAUAUUUACAUGUACCGGUUCUGCCCUACCAUGAAAAUGAGGGCCUACCCCAUCGAGCAGUACCCCUGUCGGACGAGAGCUGCGGCGGCCAUCAUGCACAUGGUCAUGAACAACCUGGACCCUGCUGUGGCCCAGUUUCCGCAGGAGCUCGUGACCUAUGGAGGAAAUGGGCAGGUGUUCAGCAACUGGGCUCAGUUCUGGCUGACGAUGUCCUACUUGUCGCAGAUGACGGAGGAGCAGACCCUGGUCAUGUAUAGUGGACACCCACUGGGCCUCUUUCCCAGCACUCCCUGGGCCCCCAGGCUGGUCAUCACUAAUGGGAUGGUCAUUCCCAACUACUCCUCCAGGACAGAGUAUGAGAAGCUCUUUGCCAUGGGAGUCACAAUGUACGGCCAGAUGACAGCAGGCAGUUACUGCUACAUCGGACCCCAGGGAAUUGUCCACGGCACAGUGCUAACCGUGUUGAAUGCUGGCCGACGGUACCUGGGUGUCAAGGACCUCAUGGGGAAGGUCUUUGUCACCUCUGGGCUGGGCGGAAUGAGUGGUGCGCAAGCCAAAGCCGCAGUCAUCGUGGGGUGCAUCGGUGUGAUAGCAGAGGUGGAUAAAGCCGCCCUCAUGAAACGCCACGAGCAAGGAUGGCUGAUGGAAGUGACCAGCAGCUUGGACCACUGCAUUGAAAGACUCAGGGAAGCAAGGAAAAGGAAGGAGGUGCUCAGUCUUGGUUACCAUGGCAAUGUGGUGGAUCUUUGGGAGCGCCUGGUCCACGAAUUGGACACAACAGGGGAGCUCUUGGUGGACCUGGGAUCAGACCAGACUUCCUGCCACAACCCAUUCAAUGGUGGUUACUACCCUGUGCAGCUGGGCUUCGCGGAGGCCCAGAGCCUCAUGGCCUCUGACCCUGCUGCAUUCAAGGGCCUGGUCCAGGAAAGCCUGAGGAGGCAAGUCUCAGCCAUCAACAGACUGGCCAAGGAGAACUUCUUCUUUUGGGACUAUGGCAAUGCCUUCCUCUUGGAGGCCCAAAGAGCAGGAGCUGACGUGGAGAAGAAAGGUGCCAGCAAGACGGAAUUCCGCUACCCCUCGUAUGUCCAGCACAUCAUGGGGGACAUAUUCUCCCUGGGAUUUGGGCCUUUCCGCUGGGUGUGCACGUCAGGGGACCCCCAGGACCUGGCAGUCACAGAUGAGCUGGCCACGUGCGUGCUGGAGAAGGCCAUCGCUGAUGGAGUGAACCCGGCUGUGAAGCUGCAGUAUAUGGACAACAUCCGCUGGAUCCGGGAGGCCGCCAAGCACCGGCUGGUAGUAGGGUCCCAGGCGAGGAUCCUGUACUCAGACCAGAAAGGCCGUGUGGCCAUCGCUGUGGCCUUCAACCAAGCCAUCGCCCGUGGGGAGAUCAAGGCGCCGGUGGUCCUGAGCCGAGACCAUCAUGAUGUGAGUGGCACGGACAGCCCCUUUAGGGAGACCUCCAACAUUUACGAUGGCUCUGCCUUCUGUGCAGACAUGGCUGUGCAGAACUUCGUGGGAGAUGCCUUUCGCGGUGCCACCUGGGUCGCUCUUCACAAUGGCGGGGGUGUCGGCUGGGGUGAGGUGAUCAAUGGAGGGUUUGGCCUCGUGCUGGACGGGACCCAGGAGGCUGAGCAGAAGGCCAGGAUGAUGCUCAGCUGGGAUGUCUCCAAUGGAGUGGCUCGGCGCUGUUGGUCUGGGAACCAGAAGGCCUACGAGAUCAUCUGCCAGACGAUGCAGGACAACAAGGGCUUGGUGGUGACGCUCCCCCAUGAGGUGGCAGACGAGUGCGUGCUGCAGCAGGCCCUGUGGCCAUGAGGGGGCCUGAGAGCCGGCCUUGCUUCCCUUGCCCCCUUGAUUCCUGUCCCCA